ACUCACUGCUGUCUUGUCUUUGAGAAGGACUCAGACCAGAAGCUUUCAUCUUGGUCCCAGCCUCGGAAGUUAAAUGAAGGCAGACGCCUCCCUCCUGCCAGCAACAUGAAGGGCUUAUCGGGCAGCCGUUCACAGCACCAUAUUCCUUUACCCCAUGGUUUGGACUAUGACCCCCACAUCCAUGAUGUCCAUGCUCACCAUGGCCCCGACUCCCGCCACACCUCAUACCUGCUCAGCCCUACGGAGAGCUGCCCCAUGGAUUUCCACCACCGCUACUCGCCCCGCAGCUCAGUCCAUUCUGACUGCAUGAUGAUGUCUCCCGUCACCAUGGCCCCGCCUGCUGUGCCUGACCACAUCUCCAGCAGCACCUUCCCCAGAAUGCACUACAGCUCUCAGUACUAUGACUCAGCCACACGGGACGACUGUGCUGCCAUCACAGCUUCUGCCACCUCCCCGGCUGUCGCUGCUGCUGCAGCUGCGGCGGCUGCCUCCUCCCACCAUGCCGGCACCAAGAGCAACCGCCUUCCAGCUAAUCUCUUAGACCAGUUUGAAAAACAGCUGCCAUUACACCGCGAUGGCUUCCACACGCUACAGUAUCAGCGCACUUCCACAACCACUGAGCAACGCAGUGAGAGUCCAGGCCGCAUCAGACACCUUGUUCAUUCUGUCCAGAAGCUCUUCACCAAGUCCCACUCCUUGGAAGGGUCAUCCAAGAUGAAUGGCACAAAAGGUGACUUCACAGGAGGAACAGGGGGUUAUUACCAUCACGGCCACCAUUCCACCAAACAUGGCAGCAAGAGGAGCAAGAGUAAAGAGCGUAAGCACCGGUCUGGUGGCUGGUGGAGCUCAGAUGACAAUUUGGAUAGUGACAGCACUUAUCGUCCACCGAGUGUCAUGUCGCGGCACCACGGGGAACAUGUGGGUCACUGCUAUCCAGAUUCCAUGCACAGUCACCACUUUGGAGAUUUGUCACUCAAGGCCUCUAAGAGUAACAAUGACGUCAAGUGCUCAGCCUGUGAAAGCAUGGCCAUGACACCUGAGUCCAAAUUCAUGAAGAGGAGUUCCUGGUCGACACUGACUGUCAGCCAGGCCAAGGAGGCCUAUAGAAAGUCAUCGCUUAAUUUAGAUAAACCCAUGAUGCAUACCGACCUCAAAUCUUCAUCGCGACCAUGUCACUAUCUUCAGGUGCCCCAGGAUGAAUGGAGUGGAUAUCCUGGUGAGAAAGAUGACGAGAUUCCAUGUCGACGCAUGCGAAGCAGUAGCUACGUCAAAGCUAUGGGAGAGGUGGAUGAGGAAAGCGGAGACUCUGACGGCAGUCCUAAGACCUCUCCACAGAAUGCCAUUCGGCCUGAUGCUCUUGUCCUCAAAUCAGCAAUGCAGAGACCCCAUUUAGACCCCCAAAGCCAGGGUUACCACUUGCAAACCAGAGAUAUGCGAGAUAUGCGUCCCCACCCAAGCGUCACGUUGGAUCCUGCCACCAACUUUCAUCCUCCGCCCUUUCGCUCUCGCAACCAGAGCUACAUGCGUGCCGUCAGCACCCUCAGUCAGGCUAGCUGCGUCAGCCAGGUGAGUGAGACUGAGGUCAAUGGCCAGUUUGAGUCAGUUUGCGAGUCCGUUUUUAGUGAAGUAGAAUCCCAGGCCAUGGAGGCCUUGGACCUGCCUGGUUCGUUCCGCACACGAAGCCACAGUUACCUCCGUGCAAUUCAGGCUGGUUAUUCCCAAGAUGACGACUGCUUGCCUUCAAUGACAUCCUCCACUGUCACUUCAACUCUCAGAUCCACAACAGAGGGAUAUGAUGUUUUGGAUGGGACAUCUUUACUAAAUGACGACAUGAUAGAGGAUGAUGAUGCUGCUAGCUCUUCUGCUUAUGUGGAGCUUGAAAGGCUGGAGAGAGAGACUGCUGCUGCUCGCAGCCAGCACAGUACUAGCUCCACUGUAACAGCCAUCUCGGUCCCACCGGCAACCCCUCCUUCAUAUAGGGUCCCCCCUUCCCCCAUAGCCACCUCUGAACCCCCGGUCCCGCAGGCCCUUCAGGCCUUCAAGGAGUCUGCUAACAUGGUAGCAGCCUUUAACUUGCAGUGGAAGGAUGAAAUCUCAGCGAUGCGCUAUGAACUAGCGGAGUUGCGGAGGGAUGUCUGUGGGGAGCUGAAAACUUUCAACAGCAACUUUUUCAACUUUACUCAGUGCUACAACAUGUGGACUUUGUGCAGAGAGCCUUGCAGUGACAGCACCACACAAACAGAUGACAGAGUGUCCAUAGGAAUCCAAGCAGGCUCGAGCUGGUCUGUUCGACAGCAGAAACAGGACAAGUCAGUGAUGUGUCAACCAGAGCCAGCACCUUUCAACAUCAUGGAUUUGAUGGACCCCCCCCGGAUUGAAAUUAUAGAAGGCACUCCAGAGAGUACGCCAGAGGGGUCAGGCAGCCCCGCCAGCCCACUACCGCUUGAGGACUUUCCGUGGGAGAUCAGCAAAAAACAAAAGUUUUAUAAACACCAAGAGAUGGGAAGCCACACGGGUGGUAACAGAAGCGCCAGUCUAGAACUGUGGAGCAGGAAGUACACAAGUGGGCCCAUGUCAUAUCUGUCUAUGUCAUUCUAAUCAUUAGCAUUUUCCAUAUACUGUUAAAUGAGAUGAGGAGGCCAGGUUAAAAGGGGUGAAAACCUGGCAUUUAUCAAGAAAAGCUGGGCAAUGCUGUUGCUGCAUGUCCCUUUACUCUAUGCAGACACAGAGUCUGUCAUCUCUUGAACAGGUUACAAUGUUGUUCAAGUAAUGUUUAACAAGUGUCUUGCUUAGCCAUGAAAUAAAAGAGGAUAAUUUUGUUUUACACAAGGAUAAUGUGACAUAAGAAUGUGAGAGAGAGAAUGUGGCUGAUAUUCAGAUCCUCAAGUGCCAACAAGUGCAGCAUCACCCCCCCUCCACUGUCUGAAGUACUUAUCCUUAAGGACAACAAAUUAAUUAAAGAAAGCAUGAUUGGACAUCUGAGGGGUAACACUCAGUGAAUCAGCCAUUGUGCAUCAAGGCACAUGUUGAUCUGUUUCUGCACACAAAUAUGAAUAGGUCAUGUUCAUUCCAGUUUCUCAUCAUGUAGAAACAUCUUAAGCACCUACGUAUACUGAAAAAAUACUGUGAAUAACUUUAUAAACCCUAGUUUUGUAACAAAUGAAGAUUAAUACAUUAUUUAAGAAUAUAUUGAAAUAUUAUUUAAUUUUGCAUUAUCCUAAUCAUAGCAUUCCUUUGCCAUAGCCUUCCUUCAUUUUGUAGCCAGUUCCAGAUGAAAUGGACAUUUUUGAAGACUCACAAUGGCAUCACGCAGCGUAAAUACGCAACUAUAAGGAUUAGGAAAAAAAAGUAGAUUUUAUUGACAACAGCCUGUUAUAACUCCUACCAAAUUUGUAGAGGUCUAAUCCUUUGGGGACACCAUAUGGAUUGCACUGUCUCCAAGCUCUGAGAACUUCGCCCUUGGCCAAAAUUGUUUACGAUGAAUCAUUCUGACUGACCAUGACCACCAGCGUGUGGACAGUAAAACAGGAAGAGGGAUUCACAGGGAUCAUAAAGUGUGAAUGUAUUGGGUUCAGCUCAUUCCUGCACAAACUACAUCCAUGUUCAAACUCUGUAUAUGUACAAUAUAUAAAUGUACCAUUUUGUAUAUAGAGAAACUUAUAUCCACUCCUUGUACUGUUUGCAGAUACAGGAAGUACUGUGUUCAGAUAAUACUGAGAGGCAUUGUCGUUGUAAUCGUGGUUCUGAACCAAACAACCAUUUUUCAAGUUUCUGUAGAAAGUCUCCAUUGUCAUAAUGUUUUAUAACUUAACAGUUUCUUUGUUUUUUCUUUUCUUAUGAAACUCAUGAGGAAGAUGAUAGCCCAUAUCCAUGCUUCUGCAUUUUAUAUGUCCAGCGUGGCUGAAGGUUCUUUCAAAGAUCGUCAACUUACAAGCCUUAUUGGCCUGAAUGUGCUAUAAUUACCCGCGUCUCCCAAAAAUAUCUUUAAACAAUAAGAGAGUCAAAAGUCCUCCAAUAUUUUCCAGUAUUUUUAAACUACAGUGACCACUAUUACUUUACUAUACAAUGCAUUCUGGUUCAGUGGUGAAAUAAAAUGGCCACGCUCAACAGUUACUUUUUCAAUAAUAUUGUAAUAUUUAAAAUUACAAUUCAUAUUACAUAUGAGAGUCAAUAUAUUGAUUCUGUAACACAUGAUUUUGCUUUUGGCUGCAGUUUACAGAUGAAGGGCAACUUAGGAAAUGAAAUAAGUCCUCAGCUGUGUUUGCCAUGUCUUCCCCAGGGUUUACCGAAAUAAAAACUGGACAUAUACUUCUGUGGGCCAGGUCACCCUUAGGUUUCUGGAGAGUGGCUUUGAAGCCACUAUUUAAACAGUAUGGGUGACGCCUAAAGGAAGUGUAACGGACAGGCCUAGCAGUUGGCUGAAACGUGCCCACCUUACCUCAGUUGCCACAAGCUAGCAAUUUUAGUUUAGAUUAGGUUGUACUGACCUUUGAUGCUAAUUAACAUUGCCUUGAAUUCAUU